UCCUUCUUUAGCUCUUCACCUACUUCCUGUUUCACCUUAGUUACUUUCUGAAGUUGAGAUUCCCUCAUCGGACCCGAGAAUGAGCCAACUCCGCGCAGUCACGUUGUCACAGAUGAACUUUACUUUAUAAAAUGGCGUAUCUCACGAGACUGCGCAUGCAAAGUCAAAUGAGGUUUAAGAGCUAGAGCGUGUUUAUUUAUUUUUGUUGCUGAAAAGAAGAAGAACGCCAGCAUCAACCAUGCCCGAGGUGUCGAAGCUGAGGAAGCCCGACGUGAAGAUUGUCCUCCUCGGGGACAUGAACGUGGGGAAGACGUCUCUGCUCCACAGGUACACGGAGAGGAGAUUCAAAGACACCGUCAGCACCGUCGGAGGGGCGUUUUUCCUCAAACAGUGGGGACCUUACAAUAUCUCAAUAUGGGACACAGCCGGCCGCGAGCAGUUCCACGGUUUAGGCUCCAUGUACUGUCGAGGUGCCGCUGCCGUCAUCCUCACCUAUGAUGUGACCAACUGGCAGAGCCUGGCUGAGCUGGAGGAGCGUUUCCUGUCCCUGACUGACACCGCCAACCAUGACUGCAUCUAUGCUGUAGUUGGCAACAAGGCCGAUCUGACAGACCCUAAAGCCCAGGUGCAUCAGGACUCAGACAGCGUUUCAGAAGAGGGUCCCAGGACUGAAUCACAGGUGCUGUCAGCUUGUCCCACACCACCAGCCUCCCCCGUGUCCCUUUCUGGCUUGAUGCUUCACAAACAGGUUACCCAUGAGGACGCAGUAGCUCUUUAUGGGAGAUUACUGCGAUACAAGGGCCUGGAUGAAAAAGCCAGCCUACCUGCAGAUAAAAUGUGCUUUGAGACAAGUGCAAAAACAGGCUACAACGUGGACACAUUGUUUGAGACACUGUUUGAUCUUGUGUUGCCUUCCAUCCUGAGAAAGAGAAAUGAGAACAAAGAAUCUCCCACCGUCGACUUAGAGGAUUGCAGGGGGACUGGCAAGAAAACCAGAUCUUCCUGCUGCUAGGAUCUGCUGAAAGCUGAAUGGAAAUAUCUCCACCAGCAAACACGUCUUUUUUUUUUUUUUUUUUUUUUUUUUUUAAACUAAAAGACUGUGGGUAAGGUUAGAGCACUGCAUCUAAACUGUGAUGGUACUACAUAUUUUCCCUGACUGAGAUCUCUUAGAUCUACAUCCCAUCAAUAUGUUCACACAUUUCUGAUCCUGUGAAGAGUUUAGUAUAUUGUCUGUAAUCUAAGGAAAUGAAUUGUAAAUGAUCACUCUGUACUAUGAGAGCUUCAUCCAAACCACUGAAACUGCACUUACAUUUCAAAGGUGUGUCUAUAAGCAAAUAACACACAUAAGUCAAUCACUGCUGUUUUGAAUGUUUUUUUUCUGAGAAUGUCACUAAUGAAAGGGCACUAAUAUUUAGUUGGGCAACACAUUGCACCAUGUUGUAAACAUUUCCUAAAUCACACUUUGUGUUACCAACUUUCAUACUGAUUUUUUUUUACAUGUUAGUUGCACAUCUUGGAGAUUUCAGUGAGUGUAAAUAUACUUGUUGAUUUCUUUUUUUUUGCUUUGAAACCUGUCAUAAUAAAGAUUUUUAUUUUGCA